CGGCCUAAAGAAUCGAUUCACCCAUGAAUCGAUGCGAUUCUAGCCAUCCCUAAAAUAACCUUAGAAAAUUUUAAAUUUGUGAUUUUAAAUUUCCAGAAAUUUUCAUAAUGAAUUCUUUAAGAAAAAUUAUACGACCGGUUAAGAAAUGUACAAUUUUGUCGUACCGAAGACUUUUAUCUACCUAUUCGGAGGAAAGUGCUAGACAAUGUGAAAUAUUUGCAACUGAACAGAAAAAGCAAAAAGAAAGUGUUGGACGAAUAGAAAAAAUCGAAGUACAAUACGAAGGACAACCAGAAAACUCUGUUUUUUCAAUGAACAAGAAUAUAUCGACACCUUAUGAUUGUGCAAAACAUUUGGGUGAUAAAAUAAGAGAUAGGUCUGUUGUAGCGCUAUUGAAUGGAAAAACUCUUUGGCACAUGAAUAGACCUUUAUCUGAAUCAUGUAUACUUGAACUUUUACAUUAUAACUUCCCUAAUCCAGCUGCUGCAAAUAAAGUUUUUUGGAGAACUUGCAGCUUUGUAUUGGGUGCCGUAGCGAGUGAUGCCUUUAAAGAUAAUAUUGAAAUACAUUUACACAGUUUUCCUAGUCCUAAUGUUAAAUCAGGUAGCUUUGUAUAUGACAUUCAGAUAGGUCUAGAUAAGUGGGAGCCCAAAAAUUCUGAACUUAAAGUAUUAUCAUUGGAGUUCAUUAAAUUUUGUCAGAAACAAUAUCCCAUUGAAUGUCUUAAUGUAGACAAAAAAAUAGCAUUAGAAAUAUUUAAGAAUAAUCCUCAUAAGAGCCAACAAAUUCCAGAUAUUGCUGCACAUAACAGUGAUAAAAUAACAUUAUUUAAGGCAGGACCCCACAUAGAUAUAAGUAGAGGUCCAAUGUUACCCAAUACCAAUCAUAUAGGAAGAAUAACUGUGACAAAUGUAAUAAAAUUAGAUACUGAUAUCGAAGGCGGUUCUAUUUAUAGAUUUCAAGGAGUUGCGCUGCCUCGAACAAUAGCUUUAAAUCAUUUUGCCUACGGACUGAUAGAGGAAAGAGGAAAGCUACUAAAUUCUGGCAGAAUACCUGGAGCCCAUGGCACUCUUAACGAAGAUAACAGUUUUGUAGCCCAUGUGAAUUAAUAAAUAAUGCUUAAUGAUGGCAGAAAACAGUAUGCAGUCUUCCUAAAAAAUGCUGAGAUCGAUUAUAUCCUGCAAAAACUUGGUUUUUCGCACUCACGUCCACCAUUCCUAAAUGGAUGUAAAGAGGCUUUAUGGAUCCACUGGACGCCAUUUUAGCGGUGCUCAUGCUCAGGAUGAUUCACGUGGUGAAGGGGGAUCAGUCGCAUGGAGAAGAGAAAACAUCUGUUGAACACAAAAAGUUUUUACCAUAUAAGCAUUGAAGAUAGUUAAAUAAUCAUAUUGCAUUGUAUAGAGAAAAUCUGUGUUGAAAAACCAUAAUAUAGAGAGUGUUUUUGAUUGAAGUGCCACAACGUGAGUUCUCAGAUAUUUUUAAACGAUUUGUUCGUGAGAUACGGGUUGUCAAUUUUUGGAAAAAAAAAUGUUUUUUUUUAUAAUGUCUUCCGAGCGACUGCAGAUAUUUUUAUAAAGUCUAGUACAUGGGUCUUCCUACAAUUAAAGGUCAUUUUUUAUUGAAAAAAUAUUUUCCCCAAUUUUCACCAGCGACGUUCGUACAUAAUGGCGUCUGGACUGAAUAUUUUUGAAGAAAAAAUGGUACGUCACGAUUUUUCACUAAAAUAAAAAUUAUUUCUAAAAUCCCCAGUCUUUUUGGAACAAAUUAUGUCUCUUGGCUUUUUUUGUCAGACGUACGGAUUUGCGUAAAAAAAUAAAAAUCAUUUAUGCAUUGCGAAAUCGGCGAAAAAACUUUGACACCCUGUAACUCGAAAA